CCGACGAGGUUGAAUGCUGUACCGCGUCUGGGCGCGAAAGCUGGAACUUCGCUGCGGAGCUGGAGACGGCGGGAGCUGUAGCCGACAAGUCGAGGUUACUGGGGACACGUUCUCCUGGAGCCACGCGGCAGGGAGGCCGGAAUCAUGACCGGCCAGGUGGGUUCUGAGGUUAACCUGGAAGUCAAUGAUCUAAAACUCCUUUCACAAGAAGAAGCAAACAGUCCCGUAGACAGUGGACAGGGCAGCUUUGAAACGCUUGAGCCCGUGAGUGAAAGAGAUUCUGACGAAGAGAUAUUUGUGAGUAAGAAGCCAAAGAGCAGGAAAGUGUUCCAAGACAGUGAUUCUGAGUCUGAGGACAGAGACGAUGCCCCGGAGAAACCCGCCUACGACAGCGCGGAGGAGAACAAGGAGAACUCGCACUCAGGAAAGACCCAGAAGAGCAGAAGCAUUUCCAGAGCUCUGGCUCACAGCGACGAGAGGAACAUGGAGGGGACUGUGUGUCGGGAGAGUCCUGAGACUCCAGAGACCCCUUCCCUGGAGCCGAGCCCCCAGACAGGAGAUUCCGUGGACACCACCGACAGAACGCUCUCCAGAACACUCCACAGAGAAGGAGCUGAAGGGAAAGCAAAAUCCAAGAGAAGACUGGAGAAAGAGGAGAGAACAAUGGAGAAAAUCAGGAGACUGAAAAAGAGGGAAGCAAGAUGUGAGGAAGGAGAUGCAGACCGGCCGCUUAAUGACAGUGGCUGUCUCCUUGAAGAUAGUGAUCUUUUUGAAACAGGUUUGGAGGAAGAAAAUGACUCUCCACUGGAAGAUGAAGAGUCCUUAGAGUCAAUAAGGACGGCUGUAAAAAACAAGGUGAAGAAUCGCAAGAAAAAGGAACCAUCUCUGGAGAGUGAGACCUUUUCAUUAGAAGAUGAAAAUGAGCUAUCCAAAGGCAGUGCGAGGAAGGAAAGAAAGGCAGCAAGGUUAAGUAAGGAAGCAUUAAGAAAACUGCAUAGUGAGACUCAGCGUCUGGUCCGAGAAUCUGCACUUAAUCUUCCAUAUCAUAUGCCUGAGAGUAAAACUAUUCACGAUUUCUUCAAACGUAAGCCCCGGCCCACUUGCCAGGGCAGUGCCAUGGCCCUGCUGAAGUCAUGUAAGUAUCAGUCGGGCCAUUACAAGGAAACCACAAACACGGCAGAUGCAAUUGGAAUGAGUGCUGAUGACCCCAGCAGAGGUUCUGAGCAGAGACCGGCGGCAGGAACUGCAACGGAAACGGCGGCAGGUACUGCAACGGAAACGGCGACAGGAACUGCAACGGAAACUAACGUUCUCCCCGAGGUCUCAAAAGGAUCAGAUGCUGGAUCAGAUGAGGCUUGUGGGAAAGAGCCCAUAAGACAAGGAGAGCUGGAAACUGAGGCGACUAAGAAGCACAGUGAUGACAGACCUUCUUCUCCUGGGGAUAGAUCCAUGUCACAGCAGGAACCCUCCAUCUCCAGGAUCAAAGACAAUGAGGGGCAUCAGGCUGGAGAACUCACUGAAUCUGACCCUCCUGCCCUGGAGGAAGAAGAACUGAAAACAGUACAAAAAACAGAUGCAAAAGAGGGAGUGCCUGAGCAGAAAACCGAGGCAGCGGCAGCGGCGGUGCCACCUGAAAAGGUGAGACGAUUCACCGUGGACCGACUUAGACAGCUGGGAGUGGAUGUUUCCAGUCAACCUCGGCUAGGUGCUGAUGAAGACUCCUUUGUGAUACUUGAUGAACCUGAAACCAACAGAGAAUUGGAAGCCUUGAAGCAGCGUUUCUGGAGGCAUGCUAACCCAGCAGCCAGCCCCAGGGCUCGCCAGACAGUGAAUGUGAGCAUUAUCGUGAAGGACUUGGGCACUGACGGGAAGGAGGAGCUGAAGGCAGAAGUGGUACCUGUCACUUUGGCAGCAGAGAAGCUGGAAGGAGCAGGCCACACAAAGCCAGGUGAAAAACUGCAAAUGUUGAAAGCUAAGUUGCAGGAGGCAAUGAAACUCCGAAGGCUUGAGGAGCGGCAGAAGCGCCAAGCAUUAUUUAAAUUAGAUAAUGAAGAUGGAUUUGAGGAGGAGGAGGAGGAGGAGGAAGAGGAAGAAAUGACAGAUGAGUCUGAGGAAGAUGGAGAAGAGGAGGUGGUGGAGGAGGAGGAAGAGGAUCAAGACACUCAGGAGACUACAGAAUUUCUUCUUGGUAGUGAAGAUAUGGAAACCAAAGAUGAAAAAGAAACAGAUAAAGAAAAUACAGACGCCAGUAGUGACAUUGGCAAGUCUGUUGCCCUCUGCGUCCCCAAGCCGCUCUCCUCAGACUCCACCUUACUUCUGUUUAAGGACAGCUCUUCUAAGAUGGGUUACUUUCCUACUGAAGAAAAAUCAGAAGCAGAUGAACACUUGGGCAAGCAGUCUGACAAACUGGAUGAGGAUGACUCGAGUUCACUGCUAACAAAGGAGAGCAGCCACAAUAGCAGCUUUGAGCUGAUUGGCUCCACAAUUCCGUCCUAUCAGCCUUGCAACAGGCAGACAGGCCGUGGGGCGAGUUUUCUCCCUACAGCAGGAUUCAGAUCGCCGUCCCCAGGGCUGUUCCGAGGCAGUUUGAUCAGCUCGGCUUCUAAGAGUUCAGGAAAACUGUCUGAGCCUUCACUUCCCAUAGAGGAUUCCCAGGAUCUGUAUACCGCCUCCCCAGAGCCUAAGACACUUUUCCUAGGAGCAGGAGACUUCCAGUUCUGUUUGGAAGAUGACACUCAGAGCCAACUGUUGGAUGCAGAUGGAUUUUUAAACAUUAGAAAUCACCGGAAUCAGUAUCAGGCGUUGAAGCCCCAGUUGCCGCUGGCCAGUAUGGACGAGAACGCCAUGGAUGCCAACAUGGACGAGCUGCUGGAUUUGUGCACUGGACAGUUUACAUCUCAGUCUGAAGAGAAAUGUCAGCCUGGGAAGAAUGACAGGAAGGAAAACAUGGAGGAACUUCUGAAUCUCUGCUCGGGCAAAUUUCCCUCUCAAGAUGCCUCCCUGGUGGCUCCACUGGGGUUGAGGAAGCAGGAGAAGGAGAGCAGCACAGAAGAUCCGAUGGAAGAGGCGCUUGCUCUUUGCUCAGGCUCUUUCCCAACAGACAGGGAGGAAGAGGGUGAAGAGGAGGAAUUUGGAGACUUCCAGCUUGUUUCAAAGGAGAAUGGAUUUGCUAGUGAUGAGGGUGAACACAGUGACUCUAGUGAUGAGGAGCUGGCGCUGGACCUGGAGGAUGAUGAAGAAGAGCUCCUGAAGCAGUCUGAGAAGAUGAAACGCCAAAUGAGACUGAAGAAAUACUUGGAAGACGAAGCAGAGGUGUCCGGCAGUGACGUGGGAAGUGAAGAUGAGUAUGAUGGCGAAGAGAUUGACAGAUACGAAGAGGACGUCAUUGACGAGGUGCUUCCGUCUGACGAGGAGCUGGAGAGUCAGAUCAAGAAAAUACACAUGAAAACCAUGUUGGAUGAUGAUAAGCGGCGACUGCGGCUAUAUCAAGAGAGGUACCUUGCUGAUGGGGAUCUGCACACCGACGGGCCUGGACGAACAAGAAAAUUCCGAUGGAAACACAUAGAUGAUACCUCCCAGAUGGAUCUGUUUCACAGAGACUCCGAUGACGAUCAGGUUGAAGAACAGCUUGACGAGACCGAAGCCAAGUGGAGGAAGGAGCGAAUUGAACGAGAGCAGUGGCUUCGGGAACAGGCUCAACAGGGGAAAAUUUCUGCUGAAGAAGAGGACAUUGGGGAAGACAGUCAGUUUAUGAUGCUAGCCAAAAAAGUCACAGCCAAAGUGCUGCAGAAGAAUGCCAGUCGUGCCGUGGUUGUUCAGGAACCAAAGUCUGUGCUCAGUAACCCUUUUGAAACCAUCAGACCAGGAGGUGCUCACCAGCUGAAGACAGGCUCCCUGCUAAACCAGCCCAAAGCGGUGCUUCAAAAGCUUGCUGCCCUGUCUGACCUCAACCCCAGCGCUCCCCGAAACUCAAGAAACUUUGUCUUUCAUACACUUUCUCCCACCAAGGCAGAGACAGCAAAGGACUCAUCUAAGCCUCAGGUGAGAAAAAGGGGACUGUCGUCAGUGAUGUCACCGUCUCCUAAGCGGCUAAAGACAAACGGAAGCAGUCCAGGACCAAAGCGAAGCAUCUUCAGAUACCUGGAGAGCUAACACCACCCAGGAUGCCAGCGUCUGUCAGGAGUACUCACACUGUUUCCUAGGUUGACGCCACUUUCAAGUAGAGGUGAUCGGAGAAAGGAAGAAAGUAUGGCAUUAUAGAAAAUUACAGAAAGCACUGAAAACCAGCACUGGGACGGGGCCUCUACAGCCACAUGACCCUUAUCACGGAACCAGGCCAAGAAGCAUGCACCUGGCUGUUGCAUCGUCCUGAUGCUUCUGUGUCAUGUAAGCUGCUAGCCUUGAUCUCUGACUAACCUUUAUCACCUUUGAAAUAAGGACUCAAGCUGGUACCUAGUUCAGAAAGAGGUUAUCCCUCACUUUCCACAGUGUGGGAGGAAGAUAAAGGGUUAUACCCAGUGUCCAUCCACACUGGAUAAUCAAUGGAGAACAGAACUUCCCAGGGACUAGAGUCUCCACUUAAAGCAUUUGUUGGAGAGCCUCCCUCCCUUCUGCAGAAACCCAACCACUAUUUAUUGCUGCUUUUGGGCUGAGUUUCUUGCCCUGACCAUCACUAAUAUUGAAAGCAGACCAGUAGAAUUUAAUAAAAACAUUGAAGAGAACUGCCAUUAGUCGCUUUCUUCGACCGGCCACUGGGCUUUCAGAAACAUAGACCAACACUCUCCCAUCAGAACUGAAUUCAGUACUGCUUUGAAAAAGCCAUUGCAGGUGAAUGUUGGCUUCAGUGUUGAAAGCUGGGCAUGGGAGGUUGGAUGAGGUUGUGCCCGUCUUCUGUUGAGAGACAUAAAGCAGCCUACACAACUGAUGAAAUUAAGAUGUGGCUUUUCUGUUAGGUGCUAGGGCUUCUUGGUUUUGUUUUUUUCUAAUUCUCAGGAUGCUGACUCGGGCAGAACACACAUUUGUAUAUUUGUAAUCUUGUAAUGGGAGAAAUGUGUAUAAAGCUGUUUUAAUAUGUAUGUAGGUUUUCAAUAAAUCUCAUUGCCUCGA